GUUGUGACAUUGGUGAUUGGGGGGCCAAGACCAGUGCCCAACUCGAACGUUUUACCUUACCUGAUGUAUUGAAUGUGCACUGUUCAAUGGGUCUCGCUAGCCUCCGCUGUUUCAAAACAUCACAUGUUUUCACAUGUAACAAUAGUAACACUACAAAAAAGAUAAGAGUUGCUCGGAAUCGUCACGGAACUACGGAGUACAGGCAUAAAUGAAAGACUGGUUUUCUCUUUUGAAUAAUUGACACCGAAAAAUGGACUGAGAACAAACGCUUCUUUGAUCUGAAACCAUGUCUACAGGGUCUUUCACCUCAACACCACCACAUGUGCACAUCAAGUCAAGUCGACCGAUCACCAUUCAAUUCUUUUUCUCUCAACAUCUACAAUCAAAGCACCAAUGAUCCAUGUCAUCACCACCAACAGAAGCGUCGAAGCCGAAGCGUCUAAUUCCAAUUCCAACGAUGACAUGUUCGAUCCCAAAGAGAAUCGUAACGUGCCAACGUCCGAACAAGGCCUUGCACGCCUCAAACAUCUAACAUGGGCAUGGUUCACAUUCCCCAUGGCGACAGGCGGUCUCGCCCUUCUCGUCGCCCCGGAUAAUCAACCUCACUCGUUCACCGGUCUCCUCACCAUCGGCAAGAUCCUCUUCAUCUUCGACCUGGUCAUCUUCACCCUGAUCGCCGGGUCAAUCACGUACCGCUUCAUCCACUGGCCCGGCACUUUAAAAGCCAGUCUGGCCCAUCCCACAGAGUCUCUCUUCUUCGGCACAUCCUUCCUCAGCCUGGCGAGCAUCAUCACCUGCCUGGCGCACUACGCCAUCCCUUCCUGCGGACCGUGGCUCGUCACCACCUACCGCGUCCUCUUCUGGACGUACUUUGCCACCACCUACGUGAUCGCCGUGUGCGCCUACCUCGUCCUCUUCACCAACCCUCGCCUGCGCAUCCAAGACAUGACCCCGGCCUGGGAUCUGCCCAUGUUCCCCUUCAUGCUGUGCGGCACCAUCGCCAGCGCCGGCAUCCCCACCCAACCGGCCAAGUACGCCAUGCCGAUGCUCUUUGGAGGGCUGACGGCCCAAGGUCUCGGGAUGCUCGUGUCCAUGGGCAUGUACGCCAGCUACGUGCGCCGCAUGAUCAUGUACGGGUUGCCUUCUCCCGCGAGCCGCCCCGCCAUGUUCAUCGCCGUCGGCCCCCCCAGUUUCACGGCCCUCGCCAUCAUCGAGCUGGCCAGGCACUACCCGGCCGCCGCCGGCUACGACUAUUUCGGCCCGGACGCCGUCACCGCGCAGAUCGUGCAGGUGCUGUCCCUCAUGGUCGCCGUGUUCGUGUGGAGCCUUUCGUUCUGGUUCUUCUGCCUCGGCGUCAUCAGUUGCGUCGCCGCCAGGGGCAAGUUCAGGUUCCAUCUCAACUGGUGGGCCUUUGUCUUCCCCAACACCGGCUUCGCCCUGGCCACCAUCAACAUCGGCCGAAGCCUGAAAAGUCAAGGGGUACUGUGGGUCGGGUCGGCCAUGACGAUUUGUUUGGCCCUGACCUACCUAUUCGUUUUGUACCACCACGUGCGCGCCGUUUGGAGAAAGGACGUCCUGUUUCUGGGCAAGGACGAGGACAAUUAUCAUCCGGAAAGGAUGGCAAAGGUGGAAUCCAGGGGAGAAGAUCCAGAAAAGUGCGUUUGCGUCAGUGGGGGUUGAGUCUUGACCUCGACAUAAUAAUGAGUUAUAUAUAGAUUUACUUGAGAGGUAUAGAAUUCGUUUCUUCUCGGCCUGAUUUCACAACAUACUCUUCGCCCUUGCGACCUUGACGUUACUUCGAGGAUAGUGGAUGCGAACACUGACUCCGUUUUUUGUUUUCGUCACGAUGGUGACCUUUUCGGCCGUCAGUCCCACCAACUCUCCAGUAUCCUUGUUCUGGAACCCACUAGGUAAGUCGGUCGUGUAAAGAUCGACCUCGACACCUUUUUCGUUUUGGAGAUUUGUAGGAUCCCACCGAACCAUUUGUAGGGUUUCUUCUUCCCAAAACUCAGCCUCUUCGAUCAUUUUGACUGCUUGGUCCUCGUCAAUUUUACGUAUCGGAUACAGAGGAAAACGACCCGAUGAGGAGUUGUCCGGAUGACUUGUUGUCUUUUGUUUCUUUUUAUCUUCAACAGCCUCAUUGAUCCUCUUGACCCAAGCCACGACCCUAGCAUUUUGAUUUUGAUCCAACAAUUCUGGGUAAGCAUUCUUCAUACUACCUUUUCCUUGACCUCUGUACAACCAAUCGAAUACCCAACCGACAUGUACAUCAGCCAGGCCGGGCCUCUGUCGGUCGUCAACGGUCCCCAAAAACUGUCUACCGUCACUCAACAUACCGUCCAAAAUCUCGAGUGUGAUUCUGGUUGACGUCUGAGCAUCUGGGAUUUUUCCAGCCAUGCCUUCUUUCGUGGUCGUCCACCCGGUGAGCUGUUUUCGAUCCUCGAUGAACUCUCGACUUUGAGCGACAAAAUAAUCGUAGGUGACCAGCGAGCCUGUCCUCAAGAACAAAACCUCCAACGCCCAAGUUUCCAGAACUCGUUCGAUCGCGGCUUCGUAAGGGUGUGCCGUCGGAUCUGCCCCUAGCCGUGGAAUGGUGGUACCGGCGGUACCGGUGUAUCUCUCUUCCAACAUUCGUAUGAUGCAUCGCGAAUCGCAAUACACGUCACGACCGACGGCCAGGAUCGGUAUUCGACGGUACCUCACCCCCAACCGUCCGAGGACCGGACGUGGCAUCACGUUGUCGACCUGACAGAGGUAAAACGGGACACCACGGAUGGUGAGGUACCAGUCCAGACGUCGACCUAUGACCGUCGUACUAGAGUUGAAAAGUAUUAUCGGUGGCAUUUUGCUUGUACUGGUUGUGACCGUAGUAGAUGAUGCCAUGAACUGGAAACUGAUGGUGAUGGUAGGGGUAUUGUUCCGUCUUUCUCUCUCUCUUGAUGAGAUCAACGUUCGUAUGACCACAGUCAAAGUGAAGUCUUGAAACCAGUAUCACUUACAGGACUUGCCGUCCGGACACCAUGGGAGGGGCGAGUGGUCUGUAUACACACACGACUCCUUGGAUUUAGCAAAACGUCAAUCAACAUACUGUAACCCAAGCCCAGACUUACCCCUCAAGUCAAGAAAAUCAGAAGAUUAGCGAGUCAAAGAGUCAGGCCUCCCCAAGCCAACGCAUGCUAAUAGUUCCUACCUGGGUACUCGCACUCGUGUAGUGUACAAUUCGACGCACAGUUUGGGGUCAAAAGUGGUACCAAGUACGGACUAGGUAAGCCGUUGGUGGUCGUGGCGUCUAUCCUCCGCCACCAAAAUAUACAAGUCCCUUGGAGAUGAGAUGGAGAUGUAGUACUGUAGAUGGUUCUGGCCCUCCGUACCGUACAGAGCAAUUCCAUCCCUUCAAGCUCCUUUAAAGACAUUAGGUAGGUACUCCGUACGUAUCAACAAUGGUUGAUCUCCCAAUCCUGGAUUCUCCGACUUCGCCUUGUUAAAAAAUGGCCACAAAUACUCGAGCUCGUACGAAAACCAAGCAACAACUCCGUACGCAGUACACCUCUUUGCAAUCAAGCCCUUGUCGUAUGACAUAUUCAUCGCUAGAUAUAUAUAAACAUACACAUACACAUAGUAUAAUACAACAAGUCAUCGUUGGAGGGCCAAAAUCAUGUUCCUUCAACCUUGGACGUUGAUG